UAACAACUAACCACACGGAUCUAAAUUAUUGUCAUUAUUGUCUUAGUAUAAUAGUUUAAGCUUAGCAUAUUGAUCUAUCUACAGACCUAUAACAUUAUUAAAAAAAAUAAUAAUGAAAAUUUUAGUUGUUUUAUUAGGAAGUUUAAUAUGUUUAGUUUUCGUGAAUACUCUUCCAAUGAAAGAUGAAAAAACAUUAAGGAAUCUAAAAGCUUCAUUGGAAUAUGGACCAGCCUUUGACGAAAUCAUAGUAAACUCUUCUCUAAAUGUUAGAAACAAAAACAAAACACGCAUCGCCAGAGCCCAACCAACGCACCACAACAUGUUUAAUAAUUUCCCCCCUUUCCCCAACUUCGGGGGUGGGGCAGCGGCUGGCUCAGCCCAAUCACAAGCCUUUAAUGCUUUCGGACCUACCACCAAUUUCGGAGCUUCAGCUACAGGAGCCCAAACUCAAGCCUUCAACUUUGGCCCGAAGGGUAUAACUGGGACAGCUGGGAUAUCUGGGACGCAGCAAUACAACUUACCCAAUGGUGGUAGCUUCAACGUAGACUUUUCUGAAGCUUUCAGUGCAGCUUCACAGGCAGCUUCCAAAAGCACUGCUAAUGGUAAUGCUGUUUCGUUGACAUAUAAAGGACCAGAUGGUAAAAUAAUGCCCAUUAAAGGUUAAGUUUUUUAUUAUGUUAUUUUAUUCAAUGAUAUAAAAGUAUAAAAGUAGAAAGUUGUUUUUAUUACACAUAUUGCACAUUUUGCUCAUACGCAGUGUAGGGUUGUGGGUUUUCCAUAUUAUUAUAUUCGCUAUAAUAUUCAUGGUAUUUUUCAUCACUGGGUCUGCCCAUAAAAGGUUUCUUCAUGAUUUUGCUCAUAACCAUGCUAGUUCUUUGACUUGGCUCUGGUUCUGGAAGUUGCCUCUUAACGAUGGAUUUUUCUUCCUGAUUUUUCGCCUCCUUGAACAUUUU